CUUAGGGCCAACUUCCCUGUUUACUGUUUUCUAUUUUAUAAGUUACAUUUCAUUUAAAAAUAGAACCCCGAACCCGAUCUUGUUUUAUGAACGGCAUGGCGGUAAACAAAAACUCGAUAGAGAGCAGGAGAGAGUCGUUAAUACUCGAACUAUACAAAGUAGAGGCUGUUAAAUUUGGGAAUUUUAAGCUGAAAAGUGGCAUUGACUCUCCAGUCUAUUUUGAUUUGCGUGUCAUCGUAUCAUAUCCAAACCUUUUAAAUGAAGUGGCAGAAUUGACGUGGGAGGUAGCACAGUCUGCUGGUUGUCUGUAUGAUUCUGUAUGUGGAGUCCCCUACACAGCACUGCCAAUAGCCACAUGUUUUUCAGUUCAUCAUAAUGUACCAAUGUUGAUUCGUAGAAAAGAGGCAAAGGAUUAUGGGACAAAGAAAAUGGUGGAAGGUCAUUACAAGGAGGGAGAGAAUUGUCUUAUCAUUGAAGAUGUUGUCACCAGUGGAGGAUCUGUAAUGGAGACAGUGCAGACAUUGCAGUCUAUAUCAGUAAAUGUAACAGAUGCUGUUGUAUUGCUGGAUCGAGAACAAGGUGGCAAGUCUGCUCUAGAGAACAAAGGAGUUAAACUUCACAGUGUUUGUUCACUUUCUAUGGUGCUAGAGGUGUUGGAAUCCAAUGGAAAGUUGGAUAAAAGCAUUAUUGAGAGGACGAAGAAAUUCAUUCAGGAAAACAGAUUUGAUGGGAAAGUUUCGGAUCAAAAUGUUGAUGAUUCUAAGAAGAAAUCCAAAUUAACAGUUUUCAGUCACACAGAGAAGAUGAAGAUGUGUAAGAAUGCGGUACUUUCUUCUCUGUAUGGAAUCAUGGACAAAAAGAAAACCAACUUAGCAAUCUCUGUAGACCUCACUACUUCACAAGAAAUACUCAAGCUACUAGAUGCAGUUGGGCCUUACAUAUGUAUAGCCAAGACCCAUGUUGACAUCAUCUCGGACUUCUCCCAGAGCUUCAUCAAACAACUGACAGAACUAGCCAGAAAACACAGCUUCCUUUUGUUUGAAGACAGAAAAUUUGGAGACAUUGGGAACACAGUCAAACAUCAGUAUGAAGGAGGGCUGUAUCAGAUUUGUUCCUGGGCAGACAUUGUCAACUGUCACCCUGUCCCUGGGGACGGUGUGAUACAGGGUCUCAAGGGGCCUGGCCUCAUUUCCAACAGAGGGUGUUUAAUUGUAGCAGAAAUGAGCUCAAGUGGAAGUCUGGCUAAAGACGAGUACACAAAAGCUGCUGUCAGCAUGGCAGAGAGAAACAAGGACUUUGUUAUUGGAUUCAUCUGUCAGUCCAAGCUUACAAACGACCCUGAUCUUAUCCAUAUGAUGCCAGGUGUGCAGAUGAAUGCAGGAGGAGACAAUCUGGGGCAACAAUAUACCUCUCCGGAAAAGGCUAUCCAAUCUCACGGUGCGGAUAUCAUCAUUGUAGGACGAGGCAUCACCAAGGCUAUGGAUCCUGUCGCUACAGCUCAGCAAUAUCAGAUAGCGGGAUACAAGGCUUACCAAGAACUCUUAUAGCUAUUGCAGCAAUAUUUAUCAUCUGUUAUCAUUAAUCAGACUUGAAUUGAUUAUUUUGGUGCUUAGUGCUGUGUUCAAAUGGUAUUGUCUUGUUUAUAGUUCAUUUAUUGACAAAACACCAUUAUACAUUGGAUAGAUAAUUCCAUAUACCGA